AGUUUCCGCACAUGUGACUUCCAGCGUGAGUUACCAGAAACCACAAGAGAGAGAGCGCGCGCAAGCCCCAACGUGAGCGACAUGUCCCUUUGGGGAGCAGUCCCUCUGCACCUCAGAGCAAGGAGGACGCAGGGGCCAGAGGUGGCUGCAGCUCACACAGAGGAGGUGCCUGGGAGGGUGGUGGGCUGCUGGCCCAGGAGCAGUCAGGUGGGGUGGCCAGCUGCUGACCAGAGGGCCUGGGGUGACUGGGGCUGCGUGGAGAGCCCGGAAGAUCUCAGCCAUGCCUCACAGUUCCGACAGCAGUGACUCCAGCUUCAGCCGCUCGCCUCCCCCUGGCAAACAGGACUCAUCUGACGAUGUGAGAAAAGUCCAGAGAAGGGAGAAAAACCGCAUUGCAGCCCAGAAGAGCCGGCAGAGGCAGACACAGAAAGCUGAUACCCUGCACUUGGAGAGCGAAGACCUGGAAAAACAGAACGCAGCCCUGAGGAAGGAGAUCAAGCAGCUCACGGAGGAGAUGAAGUACUUCACGUCGGUGCUGAGCAGCCACGAACCGCUGUGCUCGGUGCUGGCCAGCAGCACGCCCUCGCCACCCGAGGUGGUGUACAGCGCCCACGCCUUCCACCAGCCCCACGUCAGCUCCCCGCGCUUCCAGCCCUGAGCUUCAGGACCAGGCGAGAGCACGGCCCCCAGCCCGGCCAGUCCUGGCUGCUGUGGUGGGCCUCAGAGGGACACACGGACUGUGGCCAGGCUGCCCUCACUCCUCAGAACUCUCCUUCCAUCUGGAGACCCGGCGCCAGAGGCCUGCGCCAGGAUUGGACACAAGGGCUGGGACGCCAUAGGAAUGCCAGGCCUCCCGGCAGUGUAGGGGAGGCCCAGGGCAAAGGAGUGUCACACAGGAGGCUGGAGCCCCACCGCACAGAGGGAGGAGAGCAAAACAGGCUUAUUUUUUUAAAUAAAUGUUUUA